AUGGCCGUCAAGUCUGUUCUCCUCGCCCUUAUGGGCGUACUUGCACCUCUCGCAGUUGCCUCACCCUGCAAACCUUCCACCGUUACAUCUGUCACGAGUGCCGAGGUCACCACCAGCGAUACUACAUAUACGCAAGCAACAUCCACAGCCGCCGAGGCCGUCACCACUACUGAGGCCACUACCACAACUGAGGCCACUACCGCCACAGAAACUACCCCUGCUUCUACCACUACAGCCGCCGCAGGACCCGUUUGCGGCGUCGAGGGAUUUGCAAAAUCGGCACAGUAUAGCCUCGAAGAGGUCGCAUCUUUUGAAGUUUGUCGCCGGCGGUGUCGUGCCGAUAGUGCAUGCAAGACUUUCCUCUUAGAUGGUGACCUUUGCUACUGGUACACAAGCACCGUGGAGGAGCUCGUAAGACCUGGAAGCAGUAACCUUUUCUUCUACGACUUCAAUUGUCCUCCCACGGAAGAGGACCCUCAAUGA